AUGAGGUGGGAGGAAAGAAGAAUACAGGACAGACAGAGAGGAGAAACUCAUAAAAGGUUAAGUAUCCACACAGGUUUACAACACCAGAUAAUUUGGCCAUGCCAGCCCAGCUGUGUGCCACUGGAUGAGAAACUCCUGCCAGAGCUACUUCAGGAGGCAGGAUAUGUUACUCACAUGGUGGGGAAGUGGCAUUUGGGGAUGUACAGAAAAGAAUGCCUUCCAACCCGCAGAGGAUUUGAUACUUACUUUGGCUAUCUUCUGGGAAGUGAAGAUUAUUAUUCUCAUGAUCGUUGCGUCCUCAUCAAAGCAAAGAACGUAACACGCUGUGCUGUGGACUUUCGAGAUGGAGAAGAAGUUGCGACUGGAUUUAAAAACAUUUACUCGACUAACUUAUUCACAGAAAGAGCUAUAGAUCUUAUAGCCAAUCACAAAACUGAGAAGCCCCUCUUUCUCUACCUCGCUUUUCAGUCUGUCCAUGAACCUCUUGAGGUCUCUGAAGAAUAUAUGAAACCAUAUUCCUCCAUCAAAGAUGCAAAGAGGCGCCAUUAUGCAGGGAUGGUGACUCUUAUGGAUGAAGCUGUAGGAAAUCUUACUGAUGCUCUGAAAAGAUAUGGUCUUUGGGACAACACGGUUCUUGUUUUCUCUACUGAUAAUGGAGGACAGACUUUGGCAGGUGGGAAUAACUGGCCGCUGAGAGGAAGAAAAUGGACACUCUGGGAAGGAGGAGUGAGAGGAGUAGGCUUUGUUGCGAGUCCUUUACUGAAACAAAAGGGUGUAGAAAGUCAUGAACUCAUCCAUAUCUCUGACUGGCUGCCAACGCUGGUGCACCUUGCUGGAGGACAUACCAAUGGCACUAAGCCUUUGGAUGGCUUUGAUGUUUGGAAAACUAUCAGUGAAGGAAGACCUUCCCCCAGAGUGGAACUACUGCAUAACAUAGACCCCAUGUUUGUGGAUGACUUCCCAUGUCUUGGCAUUGACAACAGGACAUCUUUACCACAGAACAAUUCUUCUCCGUGGCAUGAUACACUUUUCAAUAUAUCCAUGCAUGCAGCAAUCCGACGUGGAAAAUGGAAGUUACUAACUGGAUAUCCAGGUUGCAGUCAUUGGUUCCCUCCACCAUCUUUGUUCAAUGAGUCAAAGAUUCAAUCAUCUGAUCCACCAACAAAGAGAUUAUGGCUAUUUGAUAUUGUUCGUGAUCCUGAAGAGAAACAUGAUUUGUCUGAAAAAUAUCCUCAUGUAGUGGAAAAACUGCUGUCACGACUUCAGUAUUAUUAUAAACGUUCAGUGCCCGUGUUUUACCCUGAUGAGGAUCCCCACUGUGAUCCAGCAGCAACUGGGGCUUGGGGUCCUUGGGCAUAG